AUGUUGGGCGGCCUGAUGCGUUUCGGAAGACCUGUUGCUUCGCGCAAAAGGGUGUACGUUCGAAAAAAGGAUCGAAUUUCGACGCCAACAGUGCGUGGUUCGGUGUUGGCGACAACCGCCAACAGUGACAUGGCGCCGCCAGACGGGCCCAUGCAGUACGACACGAAAUGGUCUCCGAUGAACAUCAUCAGCAUGCCGACCAAGAUCAAGCAGGAGGGUUUCAACGUAUUAAGCCACCUAGACGUUUACCAUCCCCUUGCAGUAUCGUUACCGGCGUACGAUCAGGUGAAAUCUUCAUCGCCCUCCUCCCUUCAACAACUGCCGACCGUGAUUGAGCGGCUGCAUGACGAACCGGGAGGAUCUCCUGACCAUCAGCACCAACAUCAUGUACAACAGCAACAUCAGCAGCAGCAGCAACAGCAGCAGCAUCAGCAGCAGCAACUUCAUCAUAAUAUAGGUUCUCUGGCACUAUCGUCCAAGACGCCCCCUCAAGGCCCGGACGAUCUUCCGACCAACAGCUUAGUAUCAGAUGAUCUUCAUGGUGCGCAGAUACCAGCGACGCUACCACAACCCAACUCCACCAACAACAACAACAGCCACACGCCCAAUCAGAAUCAGUCCACCAGCAAUCAGAGCUCCACAACUGCGUCCACCACCAAUGGAACGGGAGCAGCGGUCAGCAACAGUAGUACCAACAAUAGUAGCAGUCUUUCCACAUAUGAUUGCAGCUCCACCACAAGUCCCACCGGCAGUCGGAACUCCAAUGUCAAACCACCGUACAGCUAUGUGGCACUGAUAGCGAUGGCGAUACAGAGCUCGCAAAUGAAACGUGCGACGUUGAGUGAAAUCUACGGUUACAUCACCUCGCGAUUUCCUUACUACGAGAAGAACAAGAAAGGGUGGCAGAACUCGAUCCGCCACAAUCUCAGCCUGAACGAGUGCUUCGUCAAGAUCCCGCGGGAGGGUGGCGGCGAGCGUAAGGGCAACUACUGGACGCUGGACCCCCAGUACGAGGACAUGUUUGAGAACGGAAACUACAAGCGUCGCCGGCGGAUGAAGCGCCCCUACCGGACCGGCCAUUACUCGAAAAUGUUCGGCGACUCGUACGUGAGCAAUCCGAGUAACUUUGGUCAUCGACCGGUCUUUGCACAGAACCCGUACCAGACUUACCCUCGAUACGAUGCCGGUGCACCCUGGAUGCCAACGACGCAGCUGAGCAGCUACACGUCCUGUUCCAGCCGGUCCAACUACUCUUACUCAACGCCGUAUAAUUUUUCACAGCUGCAACAAACGGUACAGCCUGUCACGAUCAACACGUACGGAACGCUGUCAAACAAUUUGGAUACCUUCGCCGUUUCGGGCAGCACAACACCUCCCUGCGCGCGCCGGUUUGAGCCACACUACCCCUAUUGGGACACGACCUUGCCACUUCCGGUAGUUAAGGACGAGCCCACGAAUCAGAUGAGCGUUACCUCGUCGCAACAGAACUCCUAUCAGAAGACUUAUCUAUCUCAACCCUAA